UGAAGCACACAUGGGCACACUGGACAAUGUAGUUAGACCUCCAAGGUUUAUAAAAAGUGCAAGAGCAGCUGAAAACCCCGCAAUGUAAAGGGAAGCAGCACCCCGCAAAGAUCGAAGCUGGGCUGCAGUACUUUCAAUGUUCGUCAUUUAACAGGAUCCAACCGUCUUUUCCUUAUUUCUCUACUACUAUUGCUAUUACUAGUCAUUACCUACAUAGUUGUACCAAUUCGCAAAUCAUUGCAUCAUUCAGCCAACAUGCCUCGUGUCAAGUACAUCCUGCUCGACUGCGACAACACCCUCUGUCUGUCAGAGCGUCUGGCUUUUGAGGCUUGCACUGACCUAACCAACGAAGUUCUGGAGAAGUGGGGCAAGUCUGAACGCUACACUGUUGAGCAGCUCCUCGAGGACUUCGUGGGCCACAAUUUCCGUGGUAUGCUCAUUGGUCUGCAGAAGAAGCAUGGAUUUACUAUGACUCCGGAGGAGGUGGAUGCAUACGUUGACCGUGAACUUGGCGCCGUUACUGCGAAGCUGAGCGAAAAGUGCCAGCCCUGCCCCGGCGCACCUGAGCAGCUUGAGGCGCUCAAGCAAGCAGGGUACCCCAUGUCUGUCGUCAGCACCUCAGCCAAACCCCGCGUCGUUGCCAGCUUGAAGAAAGUCGGCAUUGACCACUAUUUCCCCGACGAGCAUGUUUACAGCGCUGCCACUAGUCUGAGCCCUCCUUCUAGCAAGCCUGACCCGGCUAUCUACAACUACGCUUGCAAGCAGUUGGGUGUCAAGAAUGAGGAGUGUGUCACUGUCGAAGAUAGCAAGAGUGGUGCUACUGCCGCUAUGCGUGCGGGUAUCCCUCUGAUUGGAUACGUUGGUGUCUACGGCAUCGAAGAGGGUAAGGAGAAGAUGGAAGAAAUGGCCAAGAUCCUGACCGAACAGUGCAACGCCAACGUUAUCAUGUACGACUGGAAGGAGUUCCCCGAGUGUUUGAAGAAGAUUGAGGCCUUGUGAUUUGCUCAUUGGGACAUUCCUGAAUGUCUGGAGAGCUUUUACCAUCGCAUCCAAUCAUCGUGGACGAAGUGCGGAGGAUAGAACUGAGGCCCGGUAAAUCUGUGCAUCGGCGGUGUUUUCUUUUGCAACUGUUUUAGCCUUGAGGGAAUGCGUUCGAGUAAUCAAUGCUAGCAACCGACAUCUCGACGUCGACUGCUAAUCGGACUACAAUCUGAAACCCUAGGAAUACCUACUGACUUCUUGUUAAAUACCGUACAAUAAUAGAUAACUUGCUUUUCA